GACAGCGGGACAGUGCCAGCAUGGCGUUUACUCUGUAUUCUCUAAUCCAGGCAGCUAUUUUGUGUGUAAAUGCAGUUGCUGUCCUCCAUGAAGAGAGGUUCCUCAGCAAAAUUGGCUGGGGAGCAGAUCAUGGAAUUGGAGGAUUUGGCGAUGAACCAGGAAUUAAAUCGCAACUUAUGAACCUCGUUCGGUCUGUAAGGACAGUUAUGAGAGUACCCUUAAUAAUUGUGAAUACUGUGGCUAUUGUUUUGCUGCUACUGUUUGGAUAGAUCAAGCAAGAAGAGGAGAAAGGCCAGCACCUUGGACUCCAUUUAAAAACAAACAAUCUGGAAACUUAAGGCUACUUCUUUUGUAAUCAUUGUUUUGGUAUUGCAAGAUACAUCUGAUACAGUCAGCAUCUCUUCUUCUGUAACCUUGUCCAGCCUUUUUAUUUUAACAUAGAUAGGGAUCAAUAAGCCGUGUAUAACAUUUUGUGAACCUGAUUAAAAUAAGUAUUUGCAAUGCAGGAUUUAUUUUGUUAAUUAUUCAGCAGUAACCAGCUGCUUUUUCUGGUAAUCAAUACUUUAUAAACAAUGUUGAGAGUAAAACGUAGCAAUUUAUUGGCAAGCCAAUAAGGACUACCUGUAUUGUGUUACUAUGUCUUACUCGAGAUACUGCAUAUAACCAAAACGAGCUUGGUAGUGGAACAGCUUGGCGAACAGUAAAUAGCACGGAACAUUCAAAUAGCUUGGAUAAUUAUAACCAAUUUGAAAGUACCAUUUGGCUUUUUUUUUUAAUGCUCCUGCACAAAUACAUUUUGCAUUGUAAUCCCACCUGGUUUUGACACAUUUUUUACAGCUCUGCUGUGGAUAAUUCAUUCACAUUGUUGUUUUUCUCAUUUUAAAUUUUGUUCAUGGAGAAACUGCUUACUGUGGGACUUAAAUAUGGUGUCAGGCCCUUGGGCUAAUAAAACAUACUGAGAGCUUUAGAUGAGUCUUUUAUCCUGACAGAUAAACACAGAAGCUCUCCAGUCCCGAGGUGUUGUGAGUUUGUCAUGAAAUGUCAGGUCUGGUAUUAUAUUUUUAUACCAUUGUCAAUAUUUUCAUUUUAAAGGCAGCAGUAAGCUAUUUUCCAUGAACAACAUUUUAAGUAAAAUCAUCAAACUGAGCAAGUCCCUUUUAGAUUUGUGGUUAAGAUUGAAAGCGCAAGUAUAUUGUUUUAUUAUGUUGGUGGAUAGCUCUCAGGGAUACCAGUUACUAAAUGCCUACACAAAUUGAGUGCUUCUUGAGGGGAUUAUUUUUAUUCACUUGAAAAAUAUGGAUCAGGAAUCUAACAGCUUAAACAAGGAACUAUCUCAUUGUUGAAAAAUGUUAAUUCAGUCCCAAAAGAGAAUUAUUUUUCCAUAGUUUCCUACCAUUCACUGUGCUGCAUUGGUUUUGUCCAAUUUUCAUUUCAAUUUUUAUAUGGUUUUAAUAUAAUGUGUCACAAAUUGUUCAUGUUACGUUGCAUUUGUCUCGUGCUAUUAAGUAUUACACAACAGUUUGCAAUUUCAACUGGGAUGUGUGUUUUUAAUAUUAAUUGUGAAUAAAUAUUCAUGAUAAUGGACUUGGAGCCUUAUAUUAGAAGGUCACUGUAUCAAUAUGAUGUACUCUUUAUCAGCUGUAAAUGUAACAUGCAUAAUGAUUUGAUUUGAUCUGUGUUGGCAGUACACCAUGUUUGCUUGUGAAAGGUGAGGGGUGGGGCCAGUAGCCACCAUAAGAGCACCCCCUCAAAUCUGUAGCACACUUCAAUCCUGACUUAAGUAGAUGAAUGUUGUACUAGAAUUCCCUUUGGCAUACAGUAUUUUUCCCCUAUGGACAAAUUGCAGGCAGAUUUCCCCCACCAUAGUAAAUGGGCAAUUUGCCCACAGUGGAAAAGAAGAUCUCCUGUAUAUAGUAAGAGGCCAUGUCUCAAUGAGACCAAGUUUUCUCAGUACAUUUAAACAUUUAGCUAGGUUCUCGAUACAUUUAAACGUUUGUUUAGGCAAUUGGAAAUGAUGCCACACACAGCAUAAUGAAUGACACAGAGACACAAAGCUUCACAUUGUAUUAGUUUGAGUACAACAGUGGUGUCUCAUAUAACUAGGCUUGCUGCUUUUCGAUACUAAUCGGUAAAGCUCGUUAAACGUUGAAUUCCCCAAAAAUAUGAGUUUGACUGAAAUACAUUUACAUACGAUAAACGUUGGUAAGACCAUGCGCUGUUUUUUUAUUUUCUUACCAGAAUAAAUGUUUAGAAAUCCUCUCAA